AUGUCUGAAACUCGUACAUUGUCCAAUCAAUCAAUGGGUUUUGCUUCAUUCAUCAACCCGAGAAAGUCUUUUGUGAGCGAGAACCAUCAUAAUUCCCACACAGUCAAGAGAUUUGGCUUGAUACAGACAGGAAGAAAACCUAAGAAGUCGUUCAACACUCCGGAAGAAGAGGCACCUCCUGCCAUUACAUCUCGUCGCCCAGAGCUCGAUCUCCAGGCAAGUUUGGGAAGGUACUGGUAG